AUGAAGAAAUGGAAGAGAUGGGUAAGCAGAAUCAAACAUUGUGGAGGACUACCAUUGGCUGUUAAGGUGUUAGGUGGGUUAUUGGCUGCGCAAUACACACUGCGGGAGUGGAAAAGGAUUUAUGAGAACAUUAGAUCUCACAUCGUUGGAGGGACUAGCUUCAAUGACAGAAACAUCAUCUCAGUUUAUCAUGUUCUAUAUCUGAGUUUUGAAGAGCUCCCUGUUUAUUUGAAGCACUGCUUCCUCUAUCUAGCCCAUUUUCCAGAAGAUUAUUCAAUCGAUGUUGGGGAAUUGUCCUAUUAUUGGGCCGCAGAAGGAAUAUCAAGGCCGAGGUAUUACGAUGGAGCAACCAUUCGAGAGGUUGCAGAUGCAUACAUGGAAGAAUUGGUGAGAAGGAACAUGGUUAUUGCUGAGCGAAACUUUCGUACUUCAAUAUUUGAAACAUGUCACUUGCAUGACAUGAUGAGAGAGGUUUGUGUGCUUAAAGCUGAAGAAGAAAACUUCGUACAAAUUGUUGAUGCAAGUACGAUCACCUCAACUGCAAACUCUCAAUCUAUAUCACGCAGACUCGUACUACAUUCGCCUGAUGUUUCAAUUAAUUUAAAGAGGUAUAUCAAGAACCCGAAACUUAGAUCUUUCUUUCUUAUCGAGCAGUUUAAAAGGUGUCACUGGCUGGCUUCAGGUUUAGGCUUUGGAAGGUUAAUGAGGAUUUUAGAUCUCUCUUAUGUUGAGUUUAUGGGAAGUAAGUUAUCCUCUAACAUUGGAGAGCUCAUCCACUUGAGAUACUUGAGUUUAUAUCAAGCACAUGUAACUCAUCUACCUAGUUCUAUGAAGAAUUUGAAGUCACUGCUCUAUCUGAAUUUAGAUGUAAGUGAGAUAAUGAGACCUCCAACAAGUGUGAUGAUGACAUCUCCACCAAUCCACAUGUCUGAUUUCUUGAAGGAGUUGCGAGAGUUGAGAUACCUCACUUUACCGUGCAAGAUACAAGAUGGCACAAAGUUGGAAUUAGGUAAUCUAAUCAACUUGGAGAGACUUGGGAAUUUCUCAACACAGCAUAGCAGUGUCACAGAUCUUCAGAAUAUGACAAGGCUAAGGGGUCUCUCCAUCAUAUUCAAUAGCCAGGAGUGUACUUUGGAAACUCUAGCUUCGUCUUUAAGUCAACUGAGGCACCUGGAAAAUUUUAAUUUUAGAUAA